GUGCUUCAUUUGAAUCAAUAUCCUUAACAAUCAGUUUUCGAAACCAAAUUCAAACACUAAGUCUAAUAAAAUUUGAGGCUCCUGCCACUUAGUGCCUAAAAGCAACAGAUUAAUAUUGACAGAUUAUGGCUUUGAGUGAAGAAUCCAGGACACAGAUGGUAAAAGAAUACGAUUCACACUGAGGCGAGCUGCUAUGUAUCAAUAAAAGAGAAGAAGGAAGCAUAUAAAAUAUCUAUAAAUCAGUUUCUCAGAAAUUCAAUGGUGUGAAACACACAACACCAUAGCCACAAUUACAGAUACAGAAAUAAACAAUAAUUAUGAUUUCAUGAUAUUAAUCCAUUUUAAAGAAUAAGCAGGAACUCUUUUAACACAGUAAGACAUGGAUUAUAAGUAGUUCUAAAUGAUGUAGCGAUCAGAACGUCGAUUCUAGAAUCGAGAAAAGAGAUCCUUGAUGCUUCGUUUGGUUGUCGAGAAAAUGAAGGAAAACAGAAGAAAAAUUGAAAAAAAGAGAGGGGAAAAUAACCGUUCCCUUCGGUUUCCAUCAUCGAAUGCAGAGGUGAAGCAAACAGGAGUGAGAAACUCGUACCUUGCACCGCCACCGCUCGACGACGAAUUCCAGGAAGAAUGAAAAGGGUUUGGUCCUUAAUUCUCCCCCGCGUUCUUUGACCAAUUUUUUUGUUUUACAGUUAUACCCUCGUAAAACCAUGCAAUCUUGAUUGCACCCCGGGUCAUCCCUCUGAUGAAGUGCCACCGACCGCACAGAUCAUGCCACGUAAGCAGAUUCGGAAUAUGGCCUGAGGGCAAUUUGGGAAAAUAAAUCGUCGAGGCUUGAGGAGGGGAGCAAAAUAGCUAGAAUAAGCAGCUGUCAUUUGUUCAGGGCUCAACAGGAGGAAGACCGAGAGCUCUCUUGAAUUACAAUCGGAGUAAGAAUCGGUUCUCAAAAAUCUUCUUCUUCUUCUUCAAUUUGUCGCUUUGGAUCCCGCCUUUGAUUUUAUCUAUGGAUCUUGCAGAGUUUCACUCUUUUGGUCUUGAUAAAGAGUUCUUCAUGGAUUUUGAUUUCUGUUAACUUUGACUUCUCUGUUAUUUUCUGAUGAAUUUAUUGUGGAUUUUGAGUUUGAGAUCUCAUUGUUAUGAACUGUGUGGUCGGAUCUAAUUUAUUCCUUGCUAUUAUCGAAUUUCCGUUUUGAUUUUGCGUAUACUAGUAUGGAGGAAUGAGAAAUGGAUAGUUUCUAGUUCAAAAUACAUCGGAUUGUUGAUUGAAGUUGGAACGGUUCAUUGGAUCAACAGAUGGCUAUAAGAUGCUGUGUAGCGUUGAUUUUCAGAUGCGAAUACUGAAUGUUUUGAGUGUUUGUGCAUCCUAAAAAGUUAGAUUUGGUUGUGGUGUAGGCAGCAGCAAUGACCUAUUAGAGGAAGAUGAAGAAGAAGUGCCUUUGUGAUUCCAAUUAAUUUGCGAAAAUAGAUGUGUUGGAAGCUUUUACCAUGUAAAGUGAACAACUUCUGCAUUUAUCUGAGCUA